UGGAGGGUCCUCAUCAUGUGACCUGCUGCUGAAGUUACAAACGUGUAGAGGUCACGACCCCAGGGGACCGCUUGCUCCAUUUCGGGCUCGAGAGUAAAAGACAGCUUGGCUGUAGGAGUGGCAGCUAUUUUUAGAUGCACCACAUGUGUUCAUGAGCUAGGAGCUGCACAACCAGCAGACUGGUCUUUGCUCUAGUCCCUGGUCUGGUCCCUGGUCUGGUCUCUGGUCUGGUCUCUGGUCUAGUCCCUGGUCUGGUCUCUCCUUCGUUCCUCCUGUGUUCUUAUCACAGAUUUUCUUCAACACGGUCAGAACUUUGACCCUGUGAGAAAUCCUUCAGUCAGUCCACAUUGGUGAAAACAGCCAAUCAGCAGAGAGGCAUCGAAGCAGAGAAGCAGCAAAAAGCUAUGCUUUAAGCCGUCAUCAUGAACCGGACCUGGGCUUUGUUCAAGGCCCACCCCUACGUCAGUAACGUCCUGGGCUACACCGUCCUGUUCGCCUCCGCCGAUGUGAUACAGCAGAGCCUGCUGGGAGGGAAAGGCACCGCCGGCUCAGCAUCUGAGGCUUCAGCUGGAGUGGACUGGAGGCAGACGGCCCGGGUGGCCACCGUAGGCUUCUGUUUUCACGCCAACUUCAACUACCACUGGCUGAGGUGGCUGGAGAGGAUGCUGCCGGGGGCCGCGGUGAAGGCAGUGACAGGGAAGGUCGUGGUGGAUCAGCUGGUCGCUGCGCCGCUCACCAUCAGUGCCUUUUAUAUUGGAUUAAGUUUAUUGGAAAACAAGGACGAUCCACUUGAAGACUGGAGACAGAAAUUUUGGACUUCUUACAAGACUGGAGUUGUAUACUGGUCAACAAUGCAGGCAGUGAACUUCGCUCUGGUUCCUCCUGUGGCACGAACUGCCUUCCUGGGAGGCAUUGCACUGACUUUCACAAUCUUCCUGUGUCACCUCAGACAGCAUCAAAACCACAAACUGGAGUAGACAGAACCCCAGUCUUCAAAUGUACCAGGAGGAUCCCCUGGUACACUGGUACACUGAACCACAUACUGAUGUGUCCUUGGGCAACUGCUGGGCAGUAAUGUGCGUUCAUGGUUUUGUGUUGUGGUCAUCGUCAGCGGACGGGAUUGAAACGCAGUUCAAACCCUGAUGAAGAUCACUUCUCUGUGAAUCAGAUGCUGUCUUCCUCCAUGUGGUUUUGUGUUUGUUUCCUCUGGUUUAUCAACUUCUCCCUUUUACAAAGUCACAGGACACAGAUGUAAAUCAUGACACAGCAAUGUCUCCACUCAUUUCUGCUGACACUCUGGUGGUGGUGCAGUUUUGUUCUCCUCGAGGCAAAGACAUUCAUGAGUUUCACUGGGUUUCAGUCAAAUUUGUCCUUGAGUUCCGUGUACCUUUUUCAAUAAAU